AUGACUAACCACGAAAUAUUUCGAGGGUCUGACAGAGAAGAUGAGGGAUCAAAAUACUUGAAGCAUAGUCAGGUAUUGAGAAUUAGAGAGGAGGAUUCACAUCUUGGUGAAGAAAGACUGAGUGCUGCUAAAGAGAUGAUUAGGAAGGCUUUGAUUGGAAACUUAGAAGAAAGUUUUGGUGUCGCUCCACAUGCUGCUGCUGCUGUCGAUGUUAUAUUUUUGUCUAGGCCUAUCUUGCCCUGCUCGCCUCUCAGUGGCAAAACUACCAUCAAGGCCUUGCACUGA